AUGUUAGUUGAGAUGAAGCAGCAGAUUAUCACCUCGUUUUUAAUUCCUCCAGAUUUUCCAUUUUCAUAUACCAUCCCACUGUACCCACUGAAUCAAUCUUUCCCUUCCUCUCACUGUCUCUACCCUGGACUUUCUCUUUCUAUGUCUCCACCCCAGGCUUCCUCUUUCUUUCUCUGUCUCUGCCCGGGGCUUUCUCUAUCUCAGUUUUGUCUUUUUGUUAUUUCUGGGCUUUCUCCCAUUUUCCCUCCAUCCCGUGUCUUCUCCCACUUUUUCCCUGCUUUCUCUCUCUCUCUCUCUGCCUCUACUGAAGGCUUUCUCUUUCUCUUUUCUCUCCCUCCAUCCCUAGUUUUCUCCCCCUCUCUCUCUUUCCCUCCAUCGUGGGCUUUCUCCCACUUUCCCUCUAUCCCAAGGUUUCUCUCUCUCUCUCCUCCAUCACAGGUUUUCUCCACUACCUUGCAGUUUUUUUCUCUCUCUUUCCAUCCAUUAUCAGCUUCUUACCUCUGUCUCUUUCUUUCCACCCCCAGUCUUUUACUCUCUCUCUCUCUCUUUCCAACCCCUGGAAUCCCCCCCUCCCCAGCAGCAUCCUUUCCUCCUCCUCCUCUCCAACCCAUCUCUCUUCUCCCCGCUCUUUCUUCUCUCUUUCUCCAUGCUUUCUUCCCCACAUUCUCUCUCCUCUCUUCCCCACAUUCUCUCUCCUCUCUUCCCCACAUUCUCUCUCCUCUCUUCCCCACAUUCUCUCUCCUCUCUUCCCCACAUUCUCUCUCUCUCUUCCCCAUUCUCUCUCCUCUCUUCCCCACAUUCUCUCUCCUCUCUUCCCCACAUUCUCUCUCCUCUCUUCCCCACAUUCUCUCUCCUCUCUUCCCCACAUUCUCUCUCUUUCUUUCCCUUCAUUCUCGUUUCUCUUUCCGCCCAUUCUCUCUUCUCUUUCCCCCACCUCAAAAUGUUCUACUUGUAAUAUCCAAAUAUGAAACACUUGAUAUCUAUCCAUGUUGCAUCAUCAUUAUUAGACUUUUCCCUGUUGCAGGAGGAAGUCCUCCAAUGUCGGUGACAUCAGGUCUGUUUGGGUAA